AUGCCAAAACAAAAUCCAUAUAUAAUACCAAUAGAAAAUAAAAAGCCGUUUGAGACGGUCUAUGAAUUAAAAAAUGAAGUUCCUAGUUUUGAGGAGUUUAUGAAAAAUUAUGAAGGAAAUGUUAAUUAUUCUGAUUUAGAGAGUAGUGAUAUUGGAAGCCCAAAAAUUUAUGGUCCGGGGGAUAGAGAUAAAGGCAAAAGCAAAAGCGAAGGUUCAGGGAAGUAUAAUCAACACUUGAUUAAUACCAUUAAUGAUAAUACGGCUGUUGCAAGAACUGAUUUAGGUGGACUAGGUGGCGGAAUAAUAGAUAGCAGGAGUAGUGUUUCUUUUUUUAGAGCUAGCGAUGGUGAGGGUAAUGAGGUUAGAUUUUUAAGUGGCAGAGCCGGAGCUGAACUUGGAUUAGGUUUAGGAGGUGCUACUGCUAUGGCUGAAGCAGGUUUUGAUUUAGGAGGUGUCGAAGCAAAUGGCUUUCAAGUAAGAGUGGGACCUAAUAUUGACACGGGUGGUUCAAUUGGUCUUGGUGGAGUAGAAGUUAAAGUAGCUGGUCUUGGUGUUAGUAUUGGUAAAAAGACUGGAAUAAGCACUCCUCUUGGAGAAAUCGCAGUUGAUUUCGAAAAAUGUGCUGUGCAGUAG